CCCAAGGCAGCCUCAUUGACUUGGAGUCAAAGGACCUGUUUCUGCUCCUCCCUUGGCGUUCCGGCAGCUUAUUAAAUGCACCCGAGCGAGACAUCAAAAGCCCCUCCAACCGCAGCCAAAGUGAGUUUAGGGGGCGGGCGGAGAACUCUCCGCCUCCUGCUGAUGUUUAUUAAAUAGUUGCACCACGUCGUGUGUUGGCCAUGCCCAUUUCCACUGGGAGAUGGUAAGUCGGGCCCGGUAGUUACUUCAUGGCUUAGUGCAUUCCUGCAAUUCAUGCAAUAUUUCAAUUUUGCGUUUACCAGUUGCGACGACAGCAAGUGUUUUGGUCCACCCUGAAUACUUCAUUGGCCGCAGGGUGGGACACGGCGAGGGAAAGGGGGGAAUGGGGAGUCUGGGAGCCAUGGCAACCUUUGAACCGAAAUUAAAACCAAACAAAUGUCACGCCAGCAACGCAGCAAAUGUCUCGUUUCUACCGGGUUUUCCUACGUUUCCCACUUUUCCUUCUGGCUGCCUGGAAAACACCCAUCCGCCCUGUUGAUUUAAUGCAGAAAUUGCAAAUUUCGCGUUACAGCACUGCGUAGGCAGCCAAUACGAAGUAAGCUAACUUUUUUUUUUACCCAGCAUUUAUAUGCAAGCGAAGGGUGUUGGCAUUAAAAUAUUCAGCUGACAUUGGCCUCUGCUGGAAAUGGCUGUUGUUAUUGCAUAAGCAAUUAAUUGGCAUAAAUUAAAGAUAGAAAGAAAACUCCGGAUGGCUGGCAGUGCUAGUAAAAGUCUGAAAGCUGUAAUAAUUCAGAACUUUGAUAAAUCAAAUGCUUCAAUACCUAUCCAUAAAAGAACUAUAUUAUGAAUGACCCUACACUACGAGGCAGUAGAAAAGUUUUUUUUUUUUAAACAAACUUUUGUCAAUUACUUUAUUAGCGUUCAGCUUCAAUUCUCAUAUUCCUUCGGUAAAACUACUUGGACUUAUAACAAUCAAAAGCAAUUGUUGACGUCAUUUUGUUAUCUUACAACUUCAAAAUUAUUUUUGUAAUUAUAAAUGUCUUAAAAUGCCAAUUGUCGUGCCUAUGAUCCCUGGAGAGCAUGAGCAAUGAGUCAGCUUAUCGACUGCAAAGUCCGUCGUUCCCAAAAUAAAACUAUAUAUUUGGAAACUUAUGCUAUCAAGAGUCAGUCCAGUUUUGAUUACCGUAUCAAAUGGGUGCGAAAUUGUUCAGUUUAGUGCUUGUGCUACAGAUUCUGAAUAAAUCUUGGGGAAUUAUUCCGGGGUGCAAUUACGCAGAUACUGUGGACAUAUCACACGUUCCACUGACAAAUGGAUCCUAUAAUUACCAUGGCCUCCAAAUACCCGUCCACUUGACGGGAAUCUAUGACUUUGAGCAGCUGGUGGGCGGAAACGAGAGGCGUGUGAAAAGACAUCUAAGAGCCUGUGUCUGUAAACUGAGACCCUGUAUCCGAGUCUGCUGCCCACGAAAUCAAAUAUCGGAAAACGGCGAGUGCAGUGAUAAAGUGAAGAAGGAGCUUGCUGAGUUCCAACCAUAUGUCAAUAUUUUCCCAAAAGAAGAAACGAUGGAGAAGCGGAUUUCUAUCACCAAUAUUGCCUUGCAAAGUGAUCGGUUUGGAUUUUGCGACGAGUUUUUUGACCUGUCAGAUGAUGAGCUCAUAAUGUUCGAGGAUGGAAAUUUCGGUAUUCAAUCUCAAAACUUUACCAUGAACAAAGAGUCUUUCUGCCUCUAUGUCAAUCAGUUUUCAUCAGACCUUUCAAAGCGUGUAUUAGUUGUAAGACACAAGUGCCAUGAGUACGAAAAUUGGCAGGAGGCGAUUCUAGAAAUUACAAUCGUCGUGAUUUCGCUGGUAUGCAAUAUCCUUACGAUCGCUGUGUAUCUCAUAAAUAGAAACCGGAAUAUGAACUUUGUUUGCUAUGUAAUCUGCGUGACCAUGCACCACCUUAUGUGGAUUUUGACUAAAUAUGCGAAUUUAUUGAACGAGACCUGCACUAUAGCAGGUUACACUAGAUAUUUCUUUGCAGUGGGUGCAAUUCUCUGGCUUUUUGUUGUCAGCCAUCGCACGAGAAAGGGAUUGAUGUCGAUGAGUCUAAAUGAUCCUCGUUAUCGGUUUCGUGCCUACUCCGUCUAUGUUUGGGGCUCAACGACUUUCCUGACCGCUGCCAUUAUUCUGACCGAUCGGAUAUGGGGCAAUGAUUUGUCUACACUUAAAUGGACCCCGUCUGUUGGUUUCGCUCAGUGCUGGCUGUAUCGUAAUAGCUUUGGUAUGUUAAUCUUUUUUAUUGGACCAAUCCUGGUCCUGUGCAACAUCAAUGGGGUUAUGCUUAUACUCACGAUCAUUCACAUGUUGAAAACGGAAAGAAAAGUGAAAAAAUCAAUUAGGAUUAAGCUGAGCUCGGCGAGCCAGACUUACCUAAAUUUUCUGCGAAUUGGUGUCAUGAUGGGCGUUACUUGGAUUCUGGAUCUAGUUCCCUAUUUUUUUCGAGACAACGCACUUUUGCAAAAGAUUCUUUGGGUUGCCUACUACUACCAUUUGUCCUUGGGUAUAGUGAUUUUUGUCCUCUUUGUCCUUAAGCGAGGAACGCUUCGGAUUCUCAUGAAAAGGCUUCGGUGCACAAAGAUCAGCUCAAUUAUCGAUGUUUAGAGAAAGCUGCUAACCGAAACUAAUAAGCAAUUU